CAAGUGAAUACAUGUUGUUACCAUUACCUGUUAUUUUGAAGGAAUUGGAGUCUUCUCCUUCCUCGGUUGUUCCUAUUUUAUACACUUUGCACUAUGAUAAACAACUCCUCGAAACCAUUUCAAAGCCAGAUUCAAAACAUCUUGUAUCGCGUACUUUAAAUUUGGCUAGAUCUAACAACGUUUAUAACAGAUGGUGUGGUAUCAAUGUCAUUAAGGUAUUGAGUAGGAACUAUGCCAUUUUAAGUAGUGACGGAAGCCACUUUAUUAAUCAACUUUUGACUAUUUUAGAAACUCAUAAUGGGAGAACUGAUCCAAAGAUUUUAUCUUCAACUGUUGAUUGUUUGAAUCAUUUAUGUGAUCAAAUAAGAGGAAAACCAACAUUAACAAGAGAGAUAUUGACUCCUAAGUUGCCUAGCAUCAUUAGUCUUUAUAUUGAAAAGAUUGAUUUUCAACCUCAUCUUCUUACAACCUCAUUAUAUCAAUUAAUCAAACACCACCCAACUACUUUUAGACCUUUUGGUAAUAAGUUAAAGGGUAGAUUAUUGGAAAUUUGUAACAAUAAAGGUUAUACCACCUUUCCAUCUAAUUUAAAGGAUAUCAUCAAGAAAACAAUUGCUACAUUACCUGCAAUUGAAAAGACCGAUCCAGAAGACAAAUGGUUAUUGGACGUGAAUAAUUUGAUAAAAGAAAUUGCUCAGGUCUUAUUCAUUUACAAAGAAUUUUUGAAUGUCAACGAAGACGACGAUCUUUUGAAAAUAUUCAAAGCUUUACCACAAGAUGCAGACGAGUCUAGUAACUUAUUCCCACCAUUAAAAGUUGAUGUCAAUGACUAUUUAUCUAUUUUACAUAUUUCUACUCGUAUUGAAGCUUUAUUGGAUUUAUUGAAUGGAUACUUGACCACUGAAACUCAAUUUGGUGUCAAGAUUCCAAUUGGUAACAUUGUCAUUUUGAAUGAAGCUGUUUGUUCUAUCAAUACUAGAUUUGUUCAUUUUAAGAGAGAACUCAGAGACGAAGCAUUGAGAAAACUUAUUGAGACUUCUUUGGUUAUAAAUCAAAGAAAUUCAGUCAAACUUUUAAGCUCGCUUCCAUUCAGUUUCAAAGGGAAUAUGGUCUUGCAUCUUACUAAUAUUUUAUCAUUCUUAGAAACUUUGAUCCCUUUCAAAAAUAGAAAAAUCAACUAUCCUGAAUUAUUGGUUCAUGAAGAAUUCAUGUGUGAAUUACUUAGCUGUGUUGAAAAAUAUUUGAGUCUUCUUAAAGAAUACAAUGAUAAUUCUGUAUUGAUCAGAUUUAUCGAAGUAGCUCUUUUCCUCGUUGAACCAAGAUACAUUAACAACGGCCAAGGUAGUGAUACCAAAAAGAACAAACAAAACCAACAGCAAAAUGGUAAGAAACACAAGAAAGGGAAGAAAAACCAAUCAGCUGUUCCAUUGGCUGAUAUCUUAUCUCAUCAACAUUUGUUCAAAGAUUCUGUUCCAGAUGCCACUAUAAAAGCUGUCCGCCAAUUCCUUAGUUCCAUCAUCACUAAAGUUAACUUACCUCCAACUCAGUAUUACAAAAUCAUGCGUUAUAUCAUAAUCGAAGCCGUCCAAAUACAAAAACUCAACUACGAUUCUUCAGUUCCAAAUGAAUUAAAGACCUUGCUCAUCAACUCCGUGUUGUAUCCUUCCAAUGAAAAGGUCUCGCUUUUACCUUUGGUAUCAGCUAUCAUUGGUGAUGAUCCUUUAUUGAGUGUAUUCAAUAACCCAAGAUUUCCUCCUUUACCUAAAUUCAUUCCUAAAGUGAUCGACGAGAUCGAGGAUGACGAAGAAGAAGAACAAGAUGAAGAAGAACAAGAACAAGAUGAAGGUAAACCUGCAGCUAAGCGUGAAUCAGAAGAUAAUGCUGAAACUAACGACGUCAAACGCCCUAAAGUUGAUAACAGCAUCUCUGGUACAGGGUAUAAUGCAAACGAUGAUACAUCAGCUCCUGAAAUUCCAAGAGAUGAGGUUGAAAUCAAGCAGGAUACUCACCAUGACAAAUUGUUCACUAAUACACAAAUCGACCCAGAUCAAAUUAUUCAAUUUGCUCAACCAAAAGCUGAAAUCCUGAAAUCGGAGCCAGUACCAGAAAAAGACACUACUGAAAAACCAGUUAUUGAAACCAAAGUCACCGAAACCCAGGUUGUUACUCAAGCAGUUGAAGACGAUGACGGCUCUGAUUUCGAAAUGCCCCAACUUGAUGCCGAUGAUUCAGACGACGAGUAGAGUAGAGUAGCAUAGACAUUUAAUUAUUGCAACAUUUCAAUAUAUACAAUUUUCGA